CUUGCCUUCACCAACUACCAUAGUCAAAUUCGCUGAUGAUGCCAACGUUCAGAGUCAUCGUCAUCGGCGGAGGCCCUGUCGGCCUCACUGCUGCGCACGCCCUUCACCACGCCGGCAUCGACUUCGUGGUCCUCGAAGCCCGCGACUCGGUCGUCCUCGACCAGGGGGCCAGCCUGGUUCUGGCACCACACAGCCUCCGGGUGUUGCACCAAUUCGGCCUGUCAAAGCGACUAUCUGAGAUAGGCGGCGAGAUGACCCACUUGACCUCCUUCACGCGGGACGGAUACCAGUUUGCCGAGUCCACGACCCUCCCUCGGAUCUUCAGAAAGAACCACGGAACCGCGCCGGUCUACUUCCAUCGCGCCCAGCUCGUCGAGACCAUCUACGACGGACUGCCCCCGGCUGCGAAGUCACGGUACCUUCUCGGCAAGAAACUCGGAAGUAUCGAGACGCAUGACCACGGUGUGCGCGUCACGUGCACCGACGGGAGCACGUAUGAGGGGUCGAUGGUGCUGGGCGCCGACGGGGUGCACAGCAAGACACGGACACUGAUGCGCGACUUAGCGCUGGCCGAAGGAUCGCCGCCACAGCCGCAAUGGGAUGACGCGGUCCCGUUCACGGCCCAGUAUCGAUGCUUUUGGUGCAGCUUUCCCCGACCGAGCGCCGCUGACGUAGAGGUGGGCCACGGUUCAGACACACAGUCUAAAGACAUGUCUGUUAUGUUCCUGGCCGGGCAGGAGCGAGGCUGGGUGUUCUUGUACGAGCGGAUACCGACGGGGCCGACGACGGAGCGGAUGCGCUACACCAAAGCCGACAUGGAAGCGUAUGCGGCACGCUUCGCCGACUUCCCCGUGUCGAAGAUGCUGAAGGUCAAAGAUGUGUACGCGACGCGAUUGACCGAGGGGAUGGCGAAUUUGGAGGAAGGGAUUCUGGCACAGUGGAGCUGGGGCGGACGGAUCGUGCUGGCUGGCGACGCGUGCCACAAGUUCACCCCAAACGCGGGACGGGGGCUGAAUAAUGGGAUGCAGGAUGUGGUGGCGCUGUGCAACGGGCUGCAUGCGCUACUGCAAUCGAGCGGUCCCGACGUGGCACCGUCCAAGACCGCCUUAGCCAAAGUCUUCGAGGAGUACCAGAAGGUCAGGGCCGCGCCUUUGAAGGCCGACGCCGAUCAGUCGCUGUCCCAAUCACGCAUGCACGCCUGGGCGAGUCCGUUCUAUCAAUUCAUGGCUCGCUAUGUUAUGUCUCGGGACUGGGUGAUGUGGUUCCUCUUGAACUUCCUCGGCGCACGUGAGAUCAGAAAGGCCUUGGCGCUGGAUUAUAUCCCUGCGGACGAACCAUACCCUGACGCGCUGCUCCGACACGAAGUCUCGCAUCAAGUGGACAUCACCACACAAGCCGAAGAACUGCCGCAAAAGGGCGCGGCUCGCGUUGGCCGCGACCUCUAA